AUCUCCAAGUCUCGCAGCCGCCUCUCCCAAGUCCCCAAGUCUCGUGCGCCUCUCUCCCGUGCGCCGCCUCUCUCCCCAAGUCCCGCCUCUCUCCCGUGCGCCGCCUCUCUCCCCCGUGCGCCGCCUCUCUCCUGUGCGCCGCCUUCGACUCUCGAGCAAGAAGCAGGUCAAGAGGUCAGGAGGCGAGGAUGGUGUAGACGACGCAGGGAAGCCAUAGCGGCUUCGCCGGCGGCGCGCAGAGUUGGGGCCUCGGGCUGGAGAUCCACCAGUCACCGCGACUAGCACCUGCAGCAGCUGCGUGUUCCCAGUCCAAUUUCGAAAGGCUGAGUCGCUGGCGUUGUGUGUGCUAUUGAAUCAAGUUCCACAUCAAAAUGGUGUCUUCCGCGGAAUCUUCGUCAAGUGGUGACGACGAAAUGUUUCUGAGGACGUAGAGUCACCAAUUGAAGACGAGCAGCAGCAGUGUUCCAUUGAAGACGAGCAGCAGCAAUGUUCCAUUGAAGACGAGCAGCAGCAGUGUUUGCCUGGGCCUAUGCGUCGUCCUAGAAAACCAAAGACACCGUCUAAGUGGCCGACGGACAAGAUUGUCGUCACAGUGAUUCGUCCGGAUGGGAUGCCAACUGAGGUGAGAGCACAACGAAGAUUGUGGUUGCUUGCUCGUUUAUUGCUAUGGAAAAACUAUCCUUAGUGAUGCCAUCAUUCAAAAACCUUACUGAUGAGAGGAAAUGGAAAUUGUUUGAUAGACAUGUCAUGCCUUACUUGGAGUUCCCAACUGCAAUGAAGACAGGGGGGUUUAAGUAUAUAAUGAAGGUGAUAUCUAAGAGAGAAGCCACAAAUGUAGGCUAGUAACUGGUUAUAUUGAGAAAAACCUUAGUCCCUUUGAGAAGCACCCAUACCUUGAACCUGAUGAUUGGGAUGAAUUUGUGGCAUUGAAGCAGUCCACAGAAGCAGCAACAAUAAGUGAGAAAUACAAAAUUCUUUGCCAAAAGAAUGUGCACAACCAUUGUUUGGGCACAGCAGGGUAUGAGGGCAAAUCAAAACAGUGGGAGACGGAGGAUGCAACUUUAGCCAGUAAAGGCAUCAGUAACCCAUGGCAAGAAUUCCCUGAAGGCCGCCACAUGAGGUUUAUGCGAGGAAGGAGUAAGCUUGAUAUAUCAGAAAAUAAAGCUGAGAUCAUCUGGACAUAAGAUGCAACAAAAAAAUCUCUGAAGACAUCAAAGUGAAGCAUUCAGCUGCAGAAGCAUCGGGCAUCACUUGGGUCAGGGAGAAUGAUCUGCUAACUGCAUGUUUGGGCCCUGAACAGCCAGGUCGAGUACGCGCUGUUUCAAGUUAUACCAGCUGGAAGCAUGGUUGGCCUGAGUGCUCUGGCACGUACAGAAAGCGGAAGAGGCCUAGUGCAUUAGAUUUGGAACAACUCAGAUGAGAAGUUACACAGGAUGUCAUCAAAACUCUUGCUGACCAAGGAUUGUUGGUAAGACCACCACCUUCUAGGACCCCUAGUCCUGCUUGCGGACGAAGGAGCAGUUGUGGCUCUGCCUCCGAUGCUGCUGAGUUGGGGCCUAAUUCAAUUGAUCCGGAUACUACUGAUCUUCUCACAGAGCCAACACAAUGUUCUCUUCUGGCAGACCUUAGAGGCUUACGAGUUGUGGUUGCAGAGGGUCGAGUGUUCCCAAAGCAACUUGAGCUACACACAGUCCCAAUACAGUAUGAUCAUGCAGUAGUCCAAGUGGAAUGUGUAUGUUAGGGGCAUGAGGAUCAUGUGUUGCAGCUUCCCCCCAAUGAUGAGACCGAAACACUUGGAGACGCUCUACUGCAGAGAAUACAAUGGAGGAGGGAUCGCAUUUAUGUCAAUCCUACCCAGCCAGCCCAAUCUCAACAAAUUGAGAACAUAAAUAGUGCCAAGAGUGCUUCGAAGGGCAAUAGUGCUAUAAUCUCGACAAAGCAACUUUGUGGAGGCAAUUCAGCUCCUUCAAAGCAGCAAUCUCCUGCCACAUCUGAUGCAGCAAAGCCACACAAGCAACACAAAGUGGCUAGUGAGGAUGCUGGAGGGAGUGCAAAGCCACCUAAGCAACACAAGGCGGCUAGUGAGGAUGCUAGAGGGAGUCUAAAACAACAACAACAGCAGCAAAAAGGGGCUUCUAAGUACAAGUGUGGGCAGGCAUUUCUCCAUUCACUGGACCUCAAGAAGGCAGGACCGGGAUGUAUCGCUCUUCAUUCUUAUUACAUGAAAGAUUGCAUUGAAAAUGUGAAGAGUGGGAUAUUGGUUCGGUUCAGAGGUACUUAUAUGCUAAACUCAGCAGACUUUGAGGUCAGCCUUGUGAGAUAUAAUGUUCUUUAUGACCUUUUCAACUUCGGUGCUUUGGAUUCCUCGCUUCUUCAAUGUUUGACAUUAUCACUGGUUCUGGAAGCUAAGACCAAGAACAUUCAUGUGGGCUUUCUUGAUCCACAACUGAUGUCACUAGAUAGCAUAAACUUUGAUAGAGACCGAGUUAUGCAGAAUGUUCAAAAGGCCUUCACUAGGUAUACCAAUAGAGACUUCAUAAUGUUUGCCUACAACAUUGGUGGCUUAGCUGGUGCUCAUUGGAUCGUGGUGAUAAUAAUUCAAAAGUGGAAUAAGGUCAUAUACCUUGAUUCCAACAGAUCUGCAAAACAUGAUUUCAGCAUGUUAAAAUCCUUGAUUGAUGAGGCUUAUGAAAAACACACAAGCAAGAUGAAAGACAGGCCGCAACCAUUGACGCACGCUUCUAAAUAUCCGUGCCAACAACAAACUUCUAGCAAGACAUCCAGCUUCUAUGCUGCACACAACUUGAUGUUAGCCAUGCAAAAGACAGACUUGGAAUGCCCUGAGGAAUUUGAAGUGCUGACGGCGCCUAUCGAUUUCAACGCAAUUAGGGAGAAGCUGAGCAAGUUCUUUAUGGAACAGAUCAUCAACAAGAGAGGGGAGUUCCAUAAUCCUAGUUAAGCUCCAGUGAUGUGUGAUUGCCAUUAUUAUCAAUGUGUCCAGUGUGUGAGUGAAUAAGUUGUACAAUCUUGUGACGGAACUUGUUGUCGAUGAAUUUGACAUGAAUGUGAAUCUGUUGAACUUGAUAUCUAUGUAAUGAGUUUCUUCAUAUAGAGUACUAUUAUUUGCUAUCUGUUGAACUUACAAGAACUUGAUAUCUAUGCAAGAACUUGAUAUCUAUGUAAUGAGCUUGGCUCACCCUGAGACGACAUGAAUAUUUUGUAGUAUGAAUUGUAUCUAAAAACCUUGUAAAGAAUGUAUUGUUGAAAUGGUGAAACAUUUGUGUGUGCUUA